CAAUUCCCUCAAAAAUGAUAAAAUAAUAGCAAACACUUGUUCUUCCCAGACCCAAAGCUCUUUUUCCCAACCGCUGCUUUCACUCCCAGCCCAACUGUCACCUCCCAGUCUUCCACCCCCGCAUUGCCAGAAGCACUUUCGCCCUUCCCACACAAUGGACCGCCCGGACUCCCUCUCUUCCGACGACGACGAACUCGACGACGACCGCCAAAACCUGAUCGACCAGAACGACCGCAAGCACCACCACCACCUCCUCAGCCCCCGAUCCGCCACCACUUUCCAAAUCGACGACGGCGACCACCAGCAAAUUCGACGCCGUUUCACCUCGCUCAAGCUCCACGACCUCUUCAACAAACGCAGCCUCGUCAUCUUCUCCAUCUUCAUUCCUCUCUUCGUCCUCAUCCUCUUCUUCACCACCGACAUCAAAAGCCUCUUCUUCUCCCACCUCUCCGUCCCCUCUCUCUCCGAUUCUGUCGCCGACAAGCUCCGCGAGUCCGAGCUCCGAGCUCUCUUCCUCCUCCGGCAGCAGCAGCUCGGCCUCUUCGGCCUCUGGAACCAGUCGCAUCUCAAUUCCACUUCAAACCUAACCAAUCCGGACCUCGCCGAUCUCAAAUCGUCGAUUUUGAACCAGAUUUCGCUCAACAAGGAGAUUCAGCAGGUCCUGCUCUCUCCGCACAGCUCCGGCAACUCGUCGGACCUCCGGGAUCCAAGCCUCGGCGGCGACCGGUGCGGAGUGGUGGACCAGAGAUUCUCAGAGAGAAGAACAAUCGAGUGGAAGCCGGAAUCGAACAAGUACUUGCUGGCGAUUUGCGUUUCGGGCCAAACGUCUAACCACCUGAUCUGCUUAGAGAAGCACAUGCUCUUUGCAGCAUUGCUCAAUCGAGUUCUGGUGAUUCCGAGCCCGAAAAUAGACUACCAGUACAGCACUGUGUUGGACAUUGAGCACAUCAACAAGUGCGUUGGCAGAAAAGUGGUGGUCAGUUUCGAAGAAUUGGCCGAGGAGAAGAGGAAUCACAUCCACAUUGAUAGGUUCAUGUGCUAUUUUUCGAAGCCGACGCUUUGCUAUUUGGACGAGGAGCAUCUCAAGAAGCUCAAGGCGGUCGGGGUUUCGUUCGGGAGCAGGGAGCCUGCUUGGGGGGAGGAUGUGAAGAAGCCGAGCAGGAAGAGCGUGCAGGAUGUGCAGUCCAAGUUUUCGAGCAGCGAUGAGGUUAUUGCCAUUGGGGAUGUGUUCUUUGCUGAUGUGGAGAGAGAUUGGGUGAUGCAGCCGGGCGGUCCGUUAGCUCACAAGUGCAAGACUCUGGUUGAGCCGAGUCGGCUUAUAGUGCUGACCGCACAGCGUUUCAUUCAGACGUUCCUAGGGAAGAACUUCGUGGCACUUCAUUUCCGGCGGCAUGGCUUCUUGAAGUUCUGCAAUAAUAAGCAACCAAGUUGCUUCUACCCCAUUCCUCAAGCUGCAGAUUGCAUUGCCCGGGUUGCUGAAAGGGCCAAUGCAGCAGUUGUAUAUCUCUCAACAGAUGCAGCUGAAAGCGAAACUGGUUUUCUGCAGUCACUAGUUGUUGUAAACGGGAAGACUGUACCACUAGUUAAACGCCCUGCACGAAAUUCCGCUGAAAAGUGGGACGCUUUGUUAUACAGACAUGGACUUGAAGGGGACUCUCAGGUAGAAACUAUGUUAGAUAAAACCAUAAGUGCCAUGUCAAGUGUUUUCAUCGGAGCAUCUGGAUCCACUUUCACCGAGGACAUUUUGCGCCUCCGGAAGGGUUGGGGUUCAGCUUCUGCGUGCGAUGAGUACCUCUGCCAAGGUGAAGAGCCUAACUUCAUAGCAGAGAAUGAAUGAAGACACUAUACCGAUCAAUUACUGGGUGAUUGUUAUUUUUUGUGGCUCAACCUACCUCUUGUGUUUAUGCACCUCUCAGAAGUGGUUGGUUCACCCUUUGUGUAUAUUAGUGUAUGAUAGAUAGCAUUGUCUUCAUUUUGAAAAUGAGUUUUGUUCUGCCUGUUGUCUCCUUCUCCAUUUUAGCCUCAAUUUUUCUGAAGUAGGGAGCACAUCUGUCAUACAUUCAGCCUUUCUCAUUUUGGAUUCUCAAGUAGGCAAAUCCAAUGUAUUAUAGGUG